AUGUCUGACUCCGAUUCGAGACCUUCUAUUCCAUCAUGGCAACGACAACACCCUGCUUCCUCGCCGCCGACCUCCGAUGGCAACGCUACCGAUAAUGACGACCGUUCAACACUGCUAGAGCAAGCGUCGAACUUCCUUCAAGAUGACUCAAUCCGAGACGCUCCUACAGAUCAAAAGAUUACAUUCCUGGAGUCCAAGGGUCUGACAGCUACCGAGAUUGACAGCCUACUGGGUGUGUCGCGGAACCCCGAGGCCAACAGCAGCGAUAGCUCAGCCGAGGAAAACAAGAGCGCGCCUACUCCGAGCACAGGAGCAGACAGCAAAGCUUCCCUAGAACAAGACGUUACAGCAAAUACCCCAUCCUCAGACACAAGGCCCGCCGACUCUGCGCCCCGCGACGUCCCUCCGAUUAUCACCUACCCCGAAUUUCUCCUCCACCAGUCUAAACCCCCGCCUCUGGUCACUCUUCGCAGCGUCCUCUAUACCCUCUACGGCGCAGCUGGUCUUAGUGCUGCUGCAUAUGGCGCAAGUGAAUACCUCGUGAAGCCAAUGAUUUCAGCCCUCACAGACGCCCGUCUCGAUCUUGCCCAUACAACGGAGGAGAACCUCAAGAAACUCAACGAAAAACUUGAGCAGAACGUCUCCCAACUCCCACCUAGUCUAACCGCAAAACUCACCACAUCUACCGGUCACUCCGAAGAAGACAUUGAAUCCAUAACCUCCGAUCCCACCGAGCUCUUCCACCGCGACAUCGGCACCCAAACAUCCCACGACCUCAUCCAAACCCCAUCCACCACAUCCACAUCGACUGUCGCAGAAACCACAUCAAAUGACCCAACUGUAGCCGUGACAACACAUCAAAAACGCCUCGAGACAAUCGGCGCCCACCUCCGCGAGCUCGAAGACGCACAGUCGCAGUCGAGUACUCUCCACGAUACAACUCGCAGCCGCAUCAGCGAUCUCCAUCACUACCUAGACAGACUUAUGUACGCCAAAAACUCGCACCUUUACUCCAGUUUGAGUUACGGCGGCUACAGCACGCCUGGAAUUGACACCGGCGCUGCGGCAACGGGCGUCGGGAAGGCCGAGGAAGACGCCAUUGCAGGCUUUAGGGCUGAGAUCCGUGGUGUCAAGGGGGCUUUGCUUAGUGCGAGGAACUUUCCUUCAGGGAGGAGUGCCGGCUUGAGGUCUUCGUAUGUGCGGUGA